AUUUCAGAAAUGUUGACUAACAAAAAUGUUUUAAUAGAGUGAAAUAAACGUGAAACUCCAUAAUAACACACUUUGAACAGUAAAGAUUCGAUCAUGGGUACUACCUACUCAAGUAAUUUCCAGGAAAGUGGCGAGAUUACAUCAACACCAAAUCAACCAGAAUGGAUUGUCGAUCAUGUUGAUGCGACUGGCUUGACCAUAGUAGAAGUUGAAAGACUGUGGACACGGUUUCUACAGCUGGGCUGUCGGGAGGACACAGGAAUACUAGAAUCGCAGAUGUUGUCAGCACCACAUAUUGCCAGUGAUGUUUUUGUGAGAAAUAUAUUGAGAAACUUCAAAGGCAGAGAUGGUGUGAUCUGCUUUGAAACAUUUUGUAAUGCAAUGCAAUGGAUAGAAAAUUCAGACGUCGAUUCCAAAAUAAGAGCAAUUUUCCACCUCCUGAACAAUGGCAAUCCAAUUCCUAGGGAUGUUCUUGGACGAGUCCUCAAAAGAGUUUAUCCAGGAGAAAAUGAUAUCUCAAUUUCAACCCUUACCAAUGGAUUCAUGGAGGAAAUGGAUGAUAAGAAACAGGGUUUUAUUGAAGAAAAUCAAUUCCUCAGUUGGGUGAAGGGGCUACCACGUCAGCACAUCGAGAUGAUAUUAGAGUUCCAUGUUGUGCCUCAAAACCUGAUUGAAGACGAUGACAUACUGAACAAUUCUAUGCGACGAACCACUGGAUAUCAGCCAAGGAGACGACCACAACAAACCAUUGAUGCUGAUGCUGCCUCAAAACAGAUUCCCACUGAUUACAUUUUGACUGAGAUUGCUGUGAAAGCGUCAACCAGAGACUGGAAUCUACUUGGAAACAAACUUGGCUUCACCAUGACAGACAUUAAUGACUUUGACAGACGUCACACAGGCAAAAAGGACAAGGUAUACUACAUGCUGAAGUCUUGGCGGGAUCGUGAAGGCAAGAAUGCUCAUUCCAUUAUACUGGAGAAGGCACUCAGAAGUAGCAAUAUGAAUGAUAUUGCAAUGCUCUUACAGCCAUAGUGGAUCAUACUUGAGAUUGUUACAAUCCAAGCAAGUGCAAUGAUUUUGUUCCUGUAAAUCUGAUUGCAUAGUACAGUAUAACUUAACUAGUAGUAAUAGGAGCACUGUAAAAACAUAAUCGUCAUAUUCCGUCCAUUGUGAUACGCAGGAGUAUUUUUGUGAUUCCUGUUUCAUUUACCUUGUUUAUAUUGACCACUCUGUCUAUUUAUUUGUAUGUCCAUUGUAAAGUAUGUUUUGAAAUAAAUGUGAAUAAGAA